AUGGAACCAGAAUUGAGAAGAAUAAGGUUGCACAAGUGGAGUGGUUGGGAUGAAGGGUUCGGUUUGGAUACUAUAGCUGAGAUGGUGAAAGAUUGUCUCCGAAGAGGAAAAUGGAAUAUAAGUGCCGGCGGAGGUUGGCAAUUCGAAGGAGAUCCCUCUGAAGUGGACCAGUAUAUUAUUGCCCACAUCAAUGAAAAUAUCGAGUCCUUUACGAGUCUCAUAUGUGAAGAGCUCGGUAGAGGAACUCAAUGCCCCAUAGCUAGCUUUGACAUAUCAAUUGCUAGACGGAAUAUUGCAUCAGGGAAUUCCAGAAAAUUCUCAACCAACAAACAUAGUAACUUCUAA